AUGUCCAAGGGAGAAACUAACCAAGCCCAUUAUGACAAAUUGAUGGAGAUCCUCACAAGAUACAAUGAUGUCUACGAUGCUUUGUACAGGCUGAAAACAAAUGACGAAGAAAAAUUAAACGCAAUUUACAAAAAAAUCAAACAAAACCUGAUUGACUCUUAUCGAAUUCCGCCUAGCGAGACUAUCAAUAAAAUAUCUCAACUUUCAAUUUAUAACAACCGCUUCAUGAAAUCAUAUUUAGCGAUUGUCAAACAAAUCGUUGACGAAUACCAUCUAAAUCAGGUCAACAAAAUCAGCAAAGUUUUUAAUUACCUUUUCUACAAAGAAUACAAUAUAGUAUUGAAUGAAAAUGGGAGAAACAUUUUUAACGAUUUUGAAGAUGCUCAUUAUUCAUCUGAUAUUCACGAACAAAAUACAAUUCACAGAUCUAUUAUGGAUGAUGACAAAAUAUCAUUAAUAAUUUUUACAGAAAGAGAAGGAUUUGAUAAAAAUCAAAAAUUAAAAAGUGAAUUAUAUCCAUAUUCAAAUGAAGGUAUUUCGUUACUUGAAUUAUGUUGUUAUCAUGGAUCUGUUGAUUGUUUUAAGAUCUUAAGAACGAAAUUUCAAUCAGAAAUCACUCCAAAUUGUCUUAGAUAUUCGUUUUUGAGCGGAAAUCAAGACAUUAUGAAUGAAUGCUUGAAAGUAUAA